AUUUAUGAUUGUAGCUGAUGUAAACAGAACUAUGAGAGUAACUCCAGAUCCAGUGCGUACAUCGCGACUUCUUACAAAUUCCAAUAAUUUCCAAUCGAGUCGUAGAUCCUCAGAAGAUUCGUUGGAAGAUGCAGGAUUAUGCAGAGACAUUAGGUUGGAAUUAAAGGAAUUUGAAGAAAAAUUCAGGAAGGCAAUGAUAGCUAAUGCUCAAUUAGAUAAUGAAAAAUCAUCUUAUACUUACCAAGUUGAUUUAUUAAAAGAUAAAUUGGAAGAAUUAGAGGAAACGACUAUGCAAUUACGUAGAGAAUUGAGGGAAAAAAAUCGAGAUGUUGAACAAUUGAAACGCCUUAGUCAAAGAUUGAAGGAAGAUUUAGAUAUUUGCAGAGCGCAGUUGCUAGAAAGAGAUACACUUAUACAAGAAAAUGGUUUAGUCAUUGUUGAUAAUAAGGAAAGUGAAGAUGAGGAGAACGAGAAUAUGGAAAAUGGAUUAUGUCAUAGAAAGAGAGUACUAGUCAGUACAGAAGCUGCAGAAUUAUUAGAAACAGCUGGUAAAGGUUCAUUAGAUAUUCGACUGAGAAAAUUUGCAUCUGAGAAAAAGGAAUUACAAGAUGAAAUUCGUCAUUUAAGAUUGGAAUUAGAGGAAACUAGAAAUCGCUUGAGACCUGAAAAAUCAUCUGGCUCAAUAUUAGCAGGUUGUUUAUCUGAUAGUGAAGAUAUUCAACGUGAAUCAAAUAAAUUGUUAGCUGAUUAUAAAUUUAAAUUACAAAAAGCGGAACAAGAUAUGUCUACACUACAAGCGACAGUAGCUAGAUUAGAGAGUCAAGUAAUUCGUUACAAAUCAGCUGCAGAAGCAUCGGAAAAAGCAGAAGAUGAAUUAAAAGUAGAAAAAAGGAAAUUGCAAAGAGAAGUAAGAGAAACACAAAGUCGAGUAGAAGAACUGGAGACAGCAAACUCCCAUCUACAAAGAAGAUUGGAUAAACUUAAAAAUGCAAAAUCAGCUCUUUUGAAAGAGCUUUGACAGAUUAAUAUUUACGAAGAUGUGUACAAUAAUUCUGUUGAUUCUGCCCUAAAGAAUCCCUGAGCCGAUGUUGCCUCCAUAUUAAUAAAACUUAACCUUUUGAACGUAAUUUAUGAAGACAAAGAUUACGUAUUACCGUUAUAACAAUUGACAUUGUAAUGGACAUCAUUUAGAUAUAAAAUUACAAAAAAUUAUUGUAGAGAAAA